UAGUAAUCGGCGCGUCGACUCGUCGGGCAUCGAUAUCGGCGUCUCGGCAGCCUGGCUGCACGAGCAGGCUUGACGAAGCGAUAUCCAGCAACUGAGCGACCAGCACUCAGCGAGACCGAGCUGCAAAAGCCAGCACACGUCGCGUGGCCCAACUUAUCCAAUUAUUUAACAAAACUCCCAGCUGAGCGGACUGCCUGCCAAAAUGUCUGAAACCAAUGGCAAGGUCGUCUGCAUGGUCACCGGCGGCUCGGGCCUCUAUGGCAUGGCUAUUAGAGCACACGUCGACAGCUCGGCGGAGGAGAAGGACGCGACCUGGGUCUUCCUGUCGUCGAAGGACGGCGACCUCCGCGACCGCAAGGCCACGGAGGCCAUCUUCGAGCGCGUGCGCCCGACGCACGUCAUCCACCUCGCGGCGAUGGUCGGCGGCCUGUUUGCGAAUAUGUCGAAAAAGGUCGAGUUCUACCGGGAAAAUAUGCUCAUGUACUUUAUCAGUGUCUCGUUACGUGGCAGAGAGCAGCAGAGAGCAGAGAGAGCGCGCGGUACGACGCGUGGACGUUGACGCCAUCGACGCGGCCCCGUCGCAGGAACGACAACGUCAUGGAGUGCUGCCGCAUCUACAAAGUGCAGAAGCUCGUGUCCUGUUUGUCGACGUGCAUCUUCCCGGACAAGACGACGUAUCCCAUCGACGAGACGAUGAUCCACGACGGCGCGCCGCACCUGUCGAACGAGGGCUACGCGUACGCCAAACGGAUGAUCGACGUCAUGAAUAGGUGCUACAAGGACGAGUACGGGUGCAACUUCACGAGCGUCAUUCCCACGAACAUUUAUGGGCCGCACGACAACUACUCGAUCCAGGGCGGCCACGUCGUCCCGGGCCUGAUCCACAAGUGCUAUCUGGCCAAGAAGAACGGCACGCCCUUCGAGGUCUGGGGCACCGGCUCGCCCCUCAGACAGUUCAUCUACUCCGGCGAUUUGGCUGCUCUCACGGUCUGGGUGUUACGCUCGUACGACAGCACGGACCCCAUAAUCCUCAGCGUACCCGAAGAAAAGGAGGUCACGAUCAAGGACGUCGCCCUCAUGAUCCGCGACGCCAUGGAGUUCAAAGGCGAGGUCAAGUUCCUCACGGUCGAGAGCUGUGUGGAAAUCAGCCAGUGAGUUGGGUUAUUCGAGCGGUCACGGCGAUGAUGUCGCGUCGAUGGCCUGGAAACUUCACGCCAUCGAGCAGACGCAGCUACGGAGAAAAUAUCGCGUCGAUGGCGUGGGGCGCCCGAAAUUUGAUUUCCACACAGGACAAGGCCGACGGCCAGUACAAAAAGACGGCCUCGAACGAGAAGCUCGCGGGGCUCCGACCGGACUUCCAGUUCACGCCCAUGGCCGAGGGCCUAAAGAAGGCCUGCGACUGGUUCUGCGCGAACUACGAGACGUGCCGGAAAUAGGUAGGUGGGGAAUUGUGGCCGGCGCGGGCGCCGCGCGGGCGUAAGAUGAUCUAUAUA